CGUCAAUCAUUUCCACCCCUCAAAACCCCACCCCCAGAGUUUUCAUUUCCGUUUGUGUUUCAGUUGCUGUGUCGUAGUAGAAACCACUAGAAACUUGUCAGUGAGUAAAUAAUAGUCUCAAAUAAGUGUGAAACAUAGCAGAUAGAGGGUUUUCAUCGCCAUUCCCACAUUUUAUAUUUACGUUUUAAACAAAUAGCCAUUACAGUUACUUUUGUUAGCUACUGAUAAAACGUUCCGCUUUAGCAUGUUGUUGUGCUGAGGAUGCGAAGCAGGGAAGACGUGUCUCUCAACUGCCGAAGUAAAGUCUCAUUUAUAGUUCUCUAUAUUUUGUAAGCCACAAAGUAAUUAGAGCAGCGUGUUGCUUAAAGUGUCUCGGUUAUAAUUAACGAAUGUCACUGAACGGAAAGUUUGUGAGCAGCAGCAGUAACACCGCCUGAUGUUUUCUCUGUAACCGUUAACUGAGACCAAAGUCUAACUCAGUCACGCCAGUUAUAAUCAUUACAACAAACUGGCAAAAUGUCAGACUCUGCUGACAGUCGGACAAAAACGUUAAAUUUCAACAUCGGGGUACUUGGACAUGUCGACAGCGGGAAGACGUCGCUUGCCAGGGCGCUGAGCAGCACCGCUUCCACCGCCGCCUUCGACAAGAACCCGCAGUCCCGUGAGAGAGGCAUCACGCUGGACCUGGGCUUCUCCUCUUUCACGGUGGAUCUGCCGAGUCACCUGCGGGAGAGUCUCGGACAGCAGCAGUAUGACAGCCUGCAGUUCACCCUGGUGGAUUGUCCCGGACACGCCUCUCUGAUUCGGACUAUUAUUGGAGGGGCUCAAAUCAUUGACCUGAUGAUGCUGGUGGUGGACGUGGUGAAAGGGGUACAGACUCAGACUGCAGAGUGUCUGCUGAUAGGAGAACUGACUUGCCCUCGCAUGGUGGUCAUCUUGAACAAGAUUGACCUACUGCCAGCCAACAAGAGACAGAGUGCCAUCGAGAAAAUGACCAAGAGACUGCACAAAACACUGGAGGGCACCAGAUUUAAGGAGUGUCCAAUUAUAGCUGUGGCAGCGAAGCCUGGAGGCCCGGAGGCUGCUGACACAGAGGAGCCACAGGGAGUGCCAGAGUUAAUCGAGCUUUUGAAGAAACAGACAUACCUCCCUCAGAGAGACCCCGGAGGUGACCUUCUGAUGGCUGUGGACCAUUGCUUCUCCAUCCGCGGUCAGGGAACAGUCAUGACAGGGACCAUCCUGCAGGGGUCACUGGCCAUCAACGACACAGUGGAAAUCCCAGCACUAAAGGUGACCAAGAAAGUAAAGUCGGUGCAGAUGUUUCGGAAGCCAGUGUCUGGGGCCAUGCAGGGAGAUCGUGUGGGCGUGUGUGUGACACAGUUUGACCCUAAACUGUUGGAGCGGGGUGUGGUGUGCACCCCUGGCUCCCUGCAUACCCUCUAUGCAGCUGUCGUCUCGGUCAGGAAGAUAGGCUACUUCAAGGGCUCUCUUGCCACCCGUGCCAAGUUCCACAUUACAGUGGGGCAUGAAACAGUCAUGGCGAGGGUGACCUUCUUCGGCCUGCCACCUGUGGGUGUCUCAGAGCCCCCUUCAGACACUAAACCACCUCCAGAGCCGUGCUCACUAGAAACACCCUUCACCUUCGACAGGGAGUACUUCUACCAAGACGAAUAUCUCACCGGUCAGGGAGAGGCGAGUUCAGGACCCGACCCAGAGCAAUGGGCUUUGUUAGAGUUUGAGCGGCCAGUCACAUGUCCCUCACUCUGUCUUGUGAUUGGCUCCAAGCUAGACACAGACAUCCACGCUAACGCAUGCCGUUUGGCCUUCCAAGGCCGUCUGCUGCAGGGGUUUGAAGAUAAAGGCUAUGCUGAGACUGCCCUGCCUCGCCUGCGCAUCUACAAGACCAAACACAAGGAGGGACAGGUGGAAAGGGUGACUGAUGAUUAUACUGUGAUCGGCCGCAACCUGUUCAAGAAGGAGACCAACCUGCAGCUCUUUGUGGGGUUGAAGGUCACAUUGUCGACAGGUGAGACCGGUGUUAUCGAGGGCGGGUUCGGACAGAGCGGGAAGUUUAAGAUUCGAGUACAAGAGGGUCUUCUCCCAGAAACCAAGCAGUUGUUAUCCUCUACCUCUAAGAAGAAAGGGAAGGGGGGGGGCAAAGGCGGACCAGCAAACGAAGAGGAGCCCAAAGCAGAUUCUCAGCCUGUUAGCAUUCACCUGCAUUUCAAGCGCUAUGUGUUUGAUCCCCAUAAGAAGAUGGUUCAGUCGUGACCUUUUGCUGCACAGCUUUCAGACUGACACUAUGUGGCAGUGCUGGAGACGGGGGGAGAGGACAGCUUCAGAGGUCUUUUAGAGGUGAGGGGGAUUCUGGCCUCUGUAUCAGGGGUGUGCUAACUUUUGUUGCCUCUUUUUCUGGGGAUGGAAACAGUCUGCUGAAAUGCAAUGAUUGCGAAAUGCUGAAUGCGUGUGAAACAGUUUUUGUUUUAUCUCCGUUUAUGGAGAUGGAAGCUGCUCUUCUGUUCAUGAUGCAUUUGAGUUGUCUUACAUAAUCAUACCUUAGUUCAGUUCUUUUGACUUGCUGCAAACCUUUCUGUCUGUAACCUUCUAACUCAGCGUAGCCUUAAUGGGACUGAUCACAUGAUCUCAGAUAAAAAAAUUUAAAAAAAUCACACAGGUUUCUUCAGAAUUUCAUUUUCUGUAAUGGAAGUUGUAGAGCUGCAAUUUUACCCUGGAUAGCAAUUAUGUCGGAGUUCUCUUGAGUUGAAAUUCAGAAAGACAAAUAAAGUAAAUCCAUCCUUAAA